AUGACUGACUUCAUUGUUCAUGUGAGCAGAGGUUUGCCCUCCUGCAGAUGUCAUCUGUUGGACCUGCCCUGGGAGGAUGUGCUCGUCCCACACGUUCUGUCCCAUCUACCACUCCAGCAGCUCGUCAACCUCCAGAGAGUGAGCAGGCAGUUCCACAGCCUCGUCCAGGUGUACCUCGCCAACUGCAGGACUUUUAAUGUUUCACUAAUAGGACCAUGCAUCCCCAAAGAGGCAUUUUGCAACAUGUUAAAGGACAAUAAAGUUCUGCAGAACUUGUCACUUCAGAAUUGUUCCAACUGGGUCACAGACAAGGAGUUGCUGCCCGUCAUUGGCCAGAAUCAGCAUCUGCAGAGGGUGGACAUGAGCGGCUGCUCCUGUCUUACCCGCCACUCCCUGGUGGCUGUGUCCUUAAGCUGCACGCAUCUGCAGCAUCUUGGCCUGGCACAUUGUGAGUGGGUGGACAGCCUGUCCCUGCGCAGCCUGGCUGACCACUGCAGGGGGCUCCAGUCGAUCGACCUCACCGCCUGCCGCCAGCUGAAAGACGACGCCAUCUGCUACAUGGUCAGAAAGUGUUCGGAGUUGAAGUCCCUAUCGUUGGCAGUCAAUGCCAACAUUACGGAUGAGUCAGUGGAAGAGGUGGCAAAGAACUGCAGGGGUCUGGAGCAGCUGGACCUGACAGGUUGUCUGCGGGUCAGAAACCAGUCCAUCAGGACUCUUGCGGAGUAUUGCCCCAAACUGCAGUCCCUGAGGGUGAAUCACUGUCACAAUGUGACAGAGUCGAGUCUUGAUCCGCUGCGGAAGCGCAAUGUAGUGAUUGAUGUCGAGCCACCUUUACAAAGAGCUCUGGUGCUUCUUCAAGACGUGCUGGGGUUUGCCCCUUUUAUCAACCUCCAGAUUUAGCCACAGGGGGAACACAUCUGCCCAACAGGCGCGCACAGGUAUGAAAGAACGGCAGUAUUUGUUCGAACUGUAUGCCUUUCUCACAUAUUCCUAAACACAUU